AUGUUUCCUCAGAAUGAUGCCCUGGCAACUACCGAGGAAGUGGCUCUUCAGAUCCUCUUGCUUUGCCUGGUUGGGAUUGGGACUGCGGCCAACAUCCUUCUAUUUGUGCAUAAUUUCUCUCCUGUCUUAACUGGCUCUCCACAGAGGCCCACACAAGUGGUUCUCACCUUCAUGGCUGUGGCCAAUGCCUUGAUUCUUCUCAUCACUGCAUUUCCAAACAAUAUGUUUUUUGUUCCAAGGAAGCCUCAGACUGACCUCAAAUGCAAAUGGGAGUAUUACACUAGAAUGGUAGUCCGAAGCACAAACUUGUGCUCCACCUGUGUUCUAAGCACGUAUCAGUAUGUCACUCUUGUUCCUGGUAAGUAUGGAAGGGUGAUUCUCAGAGGAAGAGCCCCCAAGGUUCUGAAAUUUUCAUGUUAUGGUUGCUGGUUCUUCAGUCUUUUAAAUAAUGUCUAUGUUCCAAUGACAGUCAGUGGUCCGCAGAACAUAAGCAAGGACUAUAAAAGAAAGUGGGCCUGCUCUACAUCUGGUUUCAGUUUAGGCAUCAUCAUCUUGCAGUCUGCCCAUCAUGCCAUGUUCAUCAGCAUCAUGGUCUGGACCAGUGUCUCCAUGGUGAUUCUCCUGCACAGACACCACCAGAAACUGCACCACAUUCACACCUGCAGUGAAGACCAGAGAGCGGCACCUGAGAGUAGAGCAGCCCACACCAUCUUGAUGCUGGUGGCCAUGUUUGUGAGCUUCUAUGUUCUAGAUUGUAUUUACAUUUACCUUCACGUUUCUUAUGUGAAUUCUCGUCUCUGGUUGAGACAUGUAGGUGAAGUUUUUACUGCAGGCUUCCCCACCAUUUCUCCUUUACUGUUGAUUUUUAGAGAUCCGAAGGACCCUUGUUCUGUAAUCUUUAAGUGCUGA